GCUGGGGCUUCGCCAGCCUCACUAUGUCUGCCAUUUUCAAUUUUCAGAGUCUUCUGACUGUAAUCUUGCUGCUUAUAGGUACCUGUGCUUACAUCCAAUCUUUGGCACCGAACAUCCUGGACAGAAAUAAAACUGAAUUGUUGGGUAUAUUUUGGAAGUGUGCCAGAAUUGGUGAACGGAAGAAUUCUUAUGUAACAGUGUGCUGUAUAGUGAUAGCCUUCAGCAUCCUCUUCAUAAAGUAGCUUGGCAAAAUGCCAGAAUCUAACAGCGAUCAGAUUUCAAUGUAUAAAAGGACUUAUCAACAGAAAAUAAUGGAAAGAAUGGUUUACCCUUUUAUCUUGGAACACUGAAUGAGAUAAAUUUCCAGUUGCUGUUCUCUAUUUCUUGUUAUUGGACCAAAGUUCUAUAUAAAUAAUUAGGAUAUAAUCAUUUAAUACUGAAGAGUUUACUAUGUCUGUAACAACCUCAGUACUGUCACUACAAUAUUGCAUUCUGCAAAUGUCAUUCUGUUGUAUCGGACACCAGCUUUUGGUAAGGUAUCUCAGAGCGCAUAGUAGGAAAAAAAUUGGUAAAUAGCUCAAGUUUCUUUCACUGUGAUUUGGAAAUGAUAAAUCUUUAUAGAAUGAGACUUUUUGGACUAAGAUUUUUUAAUGAAAAAAGUUUCAAUUUGUGUUGGUAAGGAUUGCAUUCAUAUUUAAUGUAAUGUUUGCUUUUUUUCUGGCCACACCAUUUCAAGCAUGAACCAGAGUACCACUAUGCUUAACAAACUUUCUACUUUACUGCAGGUGUUUAAACAAUUUACA